GUCAGCGGGCAGCUUUGGGCCUGGUCUCUGCUGCCCCCGAGAGGUCCUCCUCGGUACUGCCAGAGCGGGGGUGGGAGAGGAGGACCAGCCACCAUUGGGAGGAUCAGUUUGGGGGAGACACCCCGUGCAGACGGCUAAGGGAAAAGGGGAGCACUAAGACCCAGGGGUACUGGAGGACUGCAGCAACGAGCUGGAAGAGGAGGAGGAGCAGGCAGUUGGGUGGGGGGCUGGGAGCCAUUUGGUACCUUGGUAGCAUCCGAAACAGAAUCUGCCAUAACGACAGAAAUGGCCAGUCAAUCCCAGGGUAUCCAGCAGCUCCUGCAAGCGGAGAAACGAGCGGCUGAAAAGGUGGCAGAUGCCAGAAAGAGGAAGGCCCGGCGUCUGAAACAGGCAAAGGAGGAGGCCCAGAUGGAAGUGGAACAGUACCGCCGAGAGCGAGAGCUGGAAUUCCAGAGCAAACAGCAGGCAGCCAUGGGCUCCCAGGGGAACCUGUCCGCAGAAGUGGAGCAGGCUACAAAGCGCCAGGUGCAGGGCAUGCAGAGCUCUCAGCAGAAAAAUCGCGAACGUGUCCUGGCCCAGCUUCUUGGCAUGGUCUGUGAUGUCAGGCCCCAGGUCCACCCCAACUACCGGAUUGCUGCCUAGGACAAACCCUAGGGCCUGACUCCUGCUCAAAAGAAAUCCCCAAAUCAGAAUCACCUCCCACCCUAAUCCCUCUCUCCUUUCCAUUGCCGAGAAAUUCUAGGAGGCAAGCCCCAAUAAUUCUCCUGUGAAAUAUAGGCAUCAGGCUCAGGCCUGAAUCUCCUUAUUGUUCUUUGACCCUCACUGGGACCUUGUAAACUCCCAGGUCACCCUCACCCAACCCCUCUGUGAAAUUUGUAGCAUGGAGAAGCACGGAUGUAGAAAACAUCCUGGCCCCAGAGCCCAGCAGACUUGAUUCCCUCUCCUCACACUGCUAUUUGUUGGCUGUGCAACCAGGACAAGCUGCUUAACCUGUAGCCUCAGUGUCCUCCUUUGCGACACUGGAACAACAAUGCCUACCUUUCAGGGUUGCUGCAGUGAUUAGGAAUCAUUCUGAAAAGAGCCUAGCAUGGUUUCUGGCAUGUGGUAGCUAUGAUUUAAUUAAUGGUAACCCUGUGAUAUUAUUACCACCCCAUGUCCAACUGCCAAAACCUAAACACAGCUGUUUCCUCACUUCUGUCUGUGGUCUAAUUCUACUCAUUCAUUCUGUGACUCUGGUAAUUCUUUGAAGGACUGGUUCUUCCCACCUCUCUUUUCCCAGAGACCUUAUGAUCCCUGAAAAGGUAAAAUGAUGAUUUCAUUUAGCUCCUUUGCUGCAGUUCCAGAAAGGUGCAUUUCUUAGCCUCUCUUUUGUCUGUUUUAUGUUGGUCUUUCUCUUUAUUAGAUUUCUCUCUUUUCUUAUUACCCCAAAGACCCAUCAGAUGUUCACUGCUUCCUGAGAUCUGAAGUGAUGCUGCGUCACCGUGUAUGCAUGGACUUCCUUUGUAACAAUAAAAACUGCUGUCAAUAAAAUGAUUAUGGGCAAA